GCAGGGGUUGCUGGGAAGGGGAGCGGCGGAGCGGUGUGCAGUUUGUUCCGUGGGGCCGCGGAGUGGGGCGCGAUGCCGGAGCGCGACAAUGAACCGUUCUCCAACCCCCUGGCCCCUGAUGGCCACGACGUGGACGACUCGCACUCCUUCCACCAGUCCAAGCUGACCAAUGAAGACUUCAGAAAGCUUCUCAUGACCCCACGGGCUGCGCCAACAUCUGCGCCACCAUCCAAAUCUCGCCACCAUGAGAUGCCCCGGGAGUACAACGAAGAUGAAGACCCAGCUGCUCGCAGGAGAAAGAAGAAAAGCUAUUAUGCAAAGCUGCGUCAGCAGGAGAUAGAGCGUGAGAGGGAGCUGGCUGAGAAGUACAGGGAUCGAGCCAAGGAGAGGAGAGAUGGUGUGAACAAGGACUACGAGGAAACAGAACUGAUCAGCACAACUGCCAACUACAGGGCUGUGGGGCCAACUGCAGAGGCGGAUAAAUCCGCUGCAGAGAAGAGGAGACAGUUGAUCCAGGAGUCCAAGUUCUUGGGUGGUGACAUGGAGCACACUCACUUGGUAAAAGGUCUGGACUUUGCGCUGUUGCAGAAGGUACGUGCUGAGAUUGCCAGCAAGGAGAAGGAGGAGGAGGAAAUGAUGGAGAAGCCCCAGAAAGAAACUAAGAAAGAUGAGGAUCCUGAGAACAAAAUUGAAUUUAAGACCCGACUGGGUCGCAACAUCUACCGCAUUCUGUUCAAGAACAAGGCCUACGAGCGGAAUGAGCUGUUCCUGCCGGGGAGGAUGGCCUAUGUGGUAGAUCUGGACGACGAGUAUGCCGACACCGAUAUCCCGACCACGCUGAUCCGGAGCAAGGCCGACUGCCCCACCAUGGAGGCACAGACCACGCUGACCACCAAUGACAUUGUCAUCAGCAAACUGACGCAGAUCCUCUCCUACCUCAGGCAAGGGACCCGCAACAAGAAGCUUAAGAAGAAAGACAAAGGGAAGCUGGAUGAGAAGAAGCCCCCUGAAGCUGAUAUGAACAUCUUUGAAGACAUUGGAGAUUAUGUGCCCUCCACUGCGAAGAUGCCACGGGAGAAGGAGCGGGAGAGGUACCGUGAGAGGGAGCGUGACAGGGACCGGGAGCGUGACAGGGACCGGGAGCGGGACCGAGAGCGGGAGCGGGACCGGGACCGGGAGCGGGAGGAGGAAAAGAAGAGGCACAGCUACUUUGAGAAGCCCAAGGCUGAUGAUGAGCCCACAGACAUCGACAAAGGUCCUGGCUCAGCCAAGGAGCUCAUCAAGUCCAUCAAUGAGAAGUUUGCUGGAGCUGCUGGCUGGGAAGGAACAGAGUCAUUGAAGAAGCCGGAAGACAAGAAGCAGCUGGGGGACUUCUUCGGCAUGUCAAACAGCUACGCCGAGUGCUACCCUGCUACAAUGGAUGAUAUGGCUGUGGACAGCGAUGAAGAGGUGGACUACAGCAAAAUGGAUCAGGGUAACAAGAAAGGACCUCUGGGCCGCUGGGACUUUGACACCCAGGAGGAGUACAGCGAAUACAUGAACAACAAAGAGGCUCUGCCCAAGGCAGCCUUCCAGUAUGGGAUCAAGAUGUCUGAGGGACGCAAAACCCGACGCUUCAAGGAGACAAAUGACAAGGCAGAGCUGGACCGGCAGUGGAAGAAGAUCAGUGCAGCUCUGCAGCAGAUGAAUGUGUCCAAAACUGGCAGCUUGGAGCCAUUCAGAGGGGCUUGGAGGGGACGAGGCACCUUAGCAGCUCCCUGUUUAACCAGCAGAACUGGGGGAUUGUCCUGGGAAGAUCAUCGAGAAGAGGAAGAAGUUGGAGGCUGAUGGGGUUGAGGUGAAGCGUCCCAAGUACUGAUGCCUCCAGUAUCUUCUCCUCCAGCUCCUGGAACCCUGGCCUGCUGGAUGCUUCCUGGAGCUUGCUGGUGUGCUCUUCUUGUCCUCACACCGUCCACUUUCCGCGUGGGGGCAGGUUGUAUGUCCCCCCCCAGCCUUGGACUGUGCUGAGGCUCUCCCCUCCAGUGUUUGCUGUAUAGCCUGUGAUGUGUAAAUGGUGUAGCCGUAAUAAAACUAUUCAGUUUUCCUGAA